UCCGUCCCGCUAUAUAACGGGGGGAGCCCGGCGCUGGGCAACCUCGGGAAAAAAAAAAACACCACACACACGCGCGGCGCCCUCGCACGGAGAGCUGUGCCGGGGUUAUGAGACCGUCACCGCGCAGGAGAGGCUGAGCAACGGAGAGGCUCACCAUGACCAAGUCGUACAGUGAGAGCGGGCUGAUGGGCGAGCCCCAGCAGCAGGGCCCCCCGAGCUGGACGGACGAGUGCCUCAGCUCCCAGGACGAGGAGCACGAGGUGGACAAGAAGGAGGAGGACCUAGAGGGUCUGCACGCCGAGGCCGAGGAGGACUCGCUCCGGAACGGUGAGGAGGAGGACGAAGAGGACGACUUGGACGAAGAGGAGGAGGAAGAGGAGGAGGAGGAAGACGACGACCAGAAGCCCAAGAGGCGGGGCCCCAAGAAGAAGAAGAUGACCAAGGCGCGGAUGGAGCGGUUCAAGCUGCGGCGCAUGAAGGCCAAUGCCCGGGAGCGCAACCGCAUGCACGGGCUGAACGCGGCCCUGGACAACCUGCGCAAGGUGGUGCCCUGCUACUCCAAAACGCAGAAGCUCUCCAAGAUCGAGACCCUGCGCCUGGCCAAGAACUACAUCUGGGCGCUGUCCGAGAUCCUGCGCUCAGGCAAGAGCCCGGACCUGGUGUCCUUCGUGCAGACCCUCUGCAAGGGCCUGUCGCAGCCCACCACCAACCUGGUGGCCGGCUGCCUGCAGCUCAACCCGCGGACUUUCCUCCCCGAGCAGAGCCAGGAGGUGCCGCCGCACGUGGCGGCGGCGGCGGCGGCGGCGGGCGCGCCCUUCCCGGCUCAUCCCUACCCUUACCAGUCGCCGGGCUUGCCCAGCCCGCCCUACGGCACCAUGGACAGCUCCCACCUCUUCCACCUCAAGCCGCCGCACGCCUACGGCGCCGCGCUGGAGCCCUUCUUCGAGAGCGGGCUGGCGGAGGGCGCCAGCCCCGCCUUCGACGGGCCCCUCAGCCCGCCCCUCAGCGUGAACGGCAACUUCUCCUUCAAGCACGAGCCGGCCGCCGACUUCGACAAGAGCUACGCCUUCUCCAUGCACUACCCCGCCGCCGCCGCCGCGCUGGCCGCCGCGCCCGCCCACGCCGCCAUCUUCCCGCCCGCCGCCUCCCGCUGCGAGAUCCCGGUGGACGGGCUGGCGCCCUACGAGGGCCACCCGCACCACGAGCGCGUCCUCAGCGCCCAGCUCAACGCCAUCUUCCACGACUGAGCCUCCCCGCGCCGCAGGGAGGGCCGGGGGAGCCGCGCCCCGCCGCCCGCCACCGCCUUGUUUACAGGGGGCAGCCCGGCGGGUCCCGCCGCCGCCUCGGGGCCGCCGCGUCCCCCCCGCUCACCCGCUGUCUUUGCUUCCGCUCCUCGGAGCGACGCUGUAAAUUGGGGUAGGGGCAUUGGGAUCGCGUCAAUUACCUGAUCGGGAUAACAAAAUCACAAGCAAUAAUUAGGAUCUAUGCAAUUUUUAAACUAGCGAUGGGCCAAUUACAAAAUAUAUAUGAAAUCUAUAUUUUUCAACCAACAUUUUACUACUUGUUACCUUUCCCAUGCUGAAUUAUUUUGUUGUGAUUUUGUACAGAAUUUUUAAUGACUUUUUAUAACGUGAAUUUCCUAUUUUAAACCAUGCAGCUUCAUCAAUUUUUAUACAUAUUGGAAAGGUAGAAUUAUAUCUAAUUUAUACAAAAUGAUUUAACUAAUUUAAACCAGCAGAAAAGUGCUUAGAGAAGUUAUGUUGCCUUAGCACUUCUUUCCUUUUCAAAUAGAUGAAGAAGAAAAAAAAAAUGCACAAUCCGGGCAAUUUCUUUCCCAUGCAAGUCUCUUUUUUCUUUUCUUUUUUUUUUCUUUUUUCUUUAUUUCUUUUUCCUUUCCCCCGUACAAUAAGAACCAGAUCCCCUAGGUCUUGAGAAGAUAUUAAGAACGAUAGAUUUAUUUUCUAUUAAAACAUAUCAAUUCAACACAUUACUUGCACAAACUUGUAUAUAAAGAUUAUAAGCAAAUGCCAACACCCUUUUUAAAUCGAAAGCUGCUUGACUAUCACAUACAAUUUGCACUGUUUCUUUUUAGUCUUUGAACCCCUUGGCAUUCCAAUUUUUUGGUUUGUUGGGUUUUUUCGUUUGCUUUGGGUUUUUUUUUUUUGUUUUGGUUUUUUUUUUCAAAGAUAACUUGAAGAUGUUAAUGUUUCCAGGCGAUAUAAAUGCAUGAUUUUAUACAUGUUCACACAAUCCGUGGUUGUCAUAUGCUCAUCUUAUAAAUCUGAACCGAAAUCUAAUCAGGUUGUUAAAGUCGGGCUAUAUACCUAUUGUAGUCGAUUAGUACGGUAGCUUGAAACAAAUUCAAACCAUUUAAUCCGUAAUUAGAACAAUAGCUAUUGCAUGUACAAUGCAGUCCAGAAUAAGUGCUGUUUGAAAUGUAACGCUGGUUCAACUGGAAUCAAUCUGUACUGUAAUUUUGUUUGUAAUCCUGUAUAUUAUGGUGUAAUGCACACUGGGAUUUUAGAAAAAACAUCCAUCCUUUGGCAACAACAUAGUAUUGAACAUUUGGUCGAAUGUUGCAUUUUUUCCUUAAAUGUGAUUUUUUUUUUCUUAGUGUAAGUAAUUCCUAUGGGAUUAUUGUUUUAUUCGGAUAGCUCAUGAAAGGUGCAACACUUAUUAUUUGUAGAAUAAAAUUGGACUAAAAAAAGGA